AUGGCUCUGGCCGAGAAACUUCUCGAGAAGAGCAAGAUGCUCGACGAGCUACUCCCCAAACCCCCUCGAGAAAACCUCAACACCCACUUUGUCCUUGGUGAAAUCAUCGACCAAAUUGACCUAAUCAAGGAUGACUUCCCACUCGUCCAAAUUGCGACUCUCAAACAGCACCUUUGGGACAUUCGCAACAAGAAUGUCGACCCUGAGAUUCACCUUCGCGGAUUUCUCCAUGUCUUCAAGAAUACUGAGGUCUUCAAAGACGCUUUUGAACAGCUCGAUGAAGGCAUGAAGUUGCGCAUCAAGGCUUUCAUGGACGGCAAGAGUGAGAAAGAGGUUCUAAGUGCCGGAGGCAGGACGGGAGAGGCGUUCGUUCUGCCUCCGAGUCCCCCUGUUAAACACCACUUCCGCAAGCUUGUGGAGGAUUUGAAGGAGGACAUCCACGAGCUGUUCCACCCCGAGCAUAAGGCUAAGGAGGGUGAGGUUGUGCAAAAGUUGGGGGUGGAAGCUAGUACCAAGGGUUACCCAAGGAUUUUUGAGGAUGCGGCCGAGACUAAGACUAUGGAGGUACAUGGAAACACGGACUUCCGCAACUGGGGCAAGAGCGUCUCUAACACUCCGAAAUGGACAUUCGUUCCCAAGACGAUCCUUGGUCUUCAGAACCUCGUCAAGUGGGCAAAGACCAACGACUUCCGUGUGAGAUGUAGCGGUUACAGACAUUCCUGGAGUUCUACUUUUUCUGAAGAUAAACAGAUCUUGGUCUCGCUACUCAACCUCGAGCAAGUAACCACCAUCCCGGAUGUCAUGAGUAUUACAGCCGAACACAUCGAUCCGGAUAAUGAAUUGAAGGUCAUCCAACUCGCUGCUCCUGAGAGCACAGCUUCCGCAGGAGCUGAUAAGGCUCUGGUCCGAGUGGGGGUGUCUGUCACUAACGAGCAGUUCAGACGAUGGGCAGUUGCGAAUGACAAGUGGACAUUACCUGUGGAUGUCAUUCUUGUCGAGGUCACAUUUGGGGGCGUAAACGGUCCCAUAUGCCAUGGCGCAGGUCGCCGCCAUCAAACCAUCAACGACUACGUCCGAGCUGUUGAAUAUGUCGAUGCCAACGGCGAGCACCGCACCAUCUCCGAUCCAGCACACUUGAAAGCCGCAGCGGGAUGUUUUGGUCUUUUGGGCAUAGUAACACACAUCACUUUUGCCUUGGACAAGAUGAGUUAUGCUAUCAUGGAGCCCUACAAACCCGACAUUGGGCUCGCCAUUCCACCUCUCUCCCGCAACGAUAUCCCCAUUGCGCUCCGCAAAACUUUCACAGACGCUCAGUACGCCGCCGCCUUAGUAGAGUUCAAGAAGCGUGCCCAAGAGGACUACUAUAGCGAGUGGUUCUGGUUCACGCGCUCGCAGCAGGCGUGGGUCAAUACGUGGAAUGCCACGGAUGAGAAAGAAGGUGCGGUAGAGUAUCCUAGCCCAUUCAUGACGUUCGUUCAGUGGAUUGAAGGCUGGCUGGGAGGUGUUAUUACGGAGAAUCCUAUCUUCCAGGCAAUCCCUGGUAGAUGGCAGGCGGCGAUUCUGUCGACGUUUGGUAUGGUUGCUUUGCCACCGUUUGAAUUUGUUGGGUUUGCGCAGGGAAAGACGGAGACGAUUAAGACGAGUAUGCCGAAUGCGUUGCAUUUCAGACGUGGAAUCCAAAACUCCAUCGUCCGCGACAUGGAGUUCCAAAUCCCCAUCCCUGCCCUCGCCUCCGACCCAACCCAGCCAGACUACAGUAUCGUGCAACGCGCCUGGUGGGACAUUAUCAACCUUUGCUACGAAGAUGACGACACCCCCAUGCGUCUCACUCUUGAACUCCGCAUCAUGGGCGACUCCAACAUCAUCAUGGCGCCCCAAAACGGUAACACCUUCGGUACUGCCUCCAUCGAAGUCAUCAGCAUCCCCGACGCUGUCACCGACAACGAAUGGAUCCCUUUCCUGCAACGGGUUGCAGAUCUAUGGAUGUCGUACCGCGAUGCUCAUGGUGUGCUGCUGAAUGUCCGCCCGCAUUGGGCGAAGGAGUGGGAGAGUAUUAAUAUGCGGGGCAAGCCGGCGAGGCAAUAUUUGAAGGAGGAUGCGUACAAGGAUGCUAUUCCGCUGUUCAGGGAGACGUUGAAAGAGAUUGGAGAGGGGCAGGGCUGGGGGCUGGAGGACAUAAAGAGGAGGUUUUCGAAUGAGUUGUGGGAUUAUAUGAUCUAUUCGUAG